AUGUCAUCAAAGCUUUUCCCCGGAGACCCAUCCAAGGUCAUGGUGAUCCGCAAAGUCACCCCAGAAAUCACCACAUUCAGCGUCCCCUUCUCCCGAUAUGGGCUCUUGAAAUUUGGAGGCAGAGGCACACUAGUAAAACUACGCACCGGCUCCCUCGCAAUCAUCUCCCCAGUAGCCUUAACCCCCGAAGUCCAGCAGAUCAUCGCCUCCGAAGGCGGCAAAGUCCAAUACAUCAUCGCCCCGGACAUCGAGCACCAUCUACACAUCACCACCUGGAAGCGCGCCUUUCCCGACGCCCAAAUCCUCGCCCCAGAAGGCCUCUACGAGAAACGCCAAACCUCACAGUCCUACACCGACGACCCCGCUUUCGACCACAUCUUCACCAAGGACGGCAAACACUCGCUGAGCAUCUCGGACGAGUUCCACGCGGAUUUUGAAGUCGAGUACAUGGACGGCCACGGCAACCGCGAGAUCAUCCUCUGCCAUAAACCGUCGCGGACGCUCAUCGAGGCGGAUCUGCUGUUCAAUCUCCCCUGUGAGGAGCAGUAUGCGCGCUCGGAGGAGUCGCCGACGGCUGGGCUGCUGAAUCGAGCGUUUAUGUCGUUGUUGCAGGCCACGGCGAGUCCGCCGACGGGGCAUCGGCGGUUUGCGUGGUAUGUUUUGUCGAAGCAGGAUAGGGCGUCGUUUGCGGAGUCGGUGAGGAGGAUAUACAACUGGGAUUUUGACCGUGUUAUUCCGUGUCAUGGGGAUAUUAUUGAGGAUGGGGGGAAGGAGGUGUUUCGGAGUGUUUUUGAGUGGUUUUUGGAGAGAUGA